CCGCCGUGAUUAUUAUUCAUCAAGUAAAUAACAAUCUUUUUAAGGAGUUGAAUCGAGAUAAAUAAAAGCAGUUGACUUGAUGUGGUGCUUCAUGGGUUGUUUUUGUACAGACAUUUGUCUGUUUUUUUGUUCACGUGUUUAUUAAUUAGAAACCUUGUCUAGAGCAACGAAACGCUGAAGUAUCCAACACGUACAAACAACUUUUAUUUUGGUGAUAAACAGGAAGUGCACUGGUGUCUUCGCGUUUCACGAGCUGUGAUGCUGUGAGUAGGACAAGUUUCAUCAUGAUCAGAGUCUACUACGUCAUCGGGGUUGCACUUUUUACAUUAGAAACUCCUCUAAUCCAGGCUCUAUUAGAAAAUCCAGACGAUUGCUGUGGAAGAACACAGAAAAUGAAUGAAACCUGUGUAAACAGCACGCACUGUGGGUGUCUCCAUGUCUUGGAGAACAGCACUGUUCGGUGUGUACAAUGCGACACGCAGACUUCAGAUGUGGAGAACCUGACACUGUGCAAUAUCACUGUUGAACGCACCUCAAUAUCCACAAAAGUCAAGAUAGGUGGUCCAGGUGUAGCAGCAUCUGUCCUUUUGGGCACUUUGCUGAUCAGUCUCUUCCUCAUACUCUCUGUCGCCUCCUUCUUCUACCUCAAACGCUCUAACCGUCUCCCUGGUGUGUUCUAUAGACGCAAAGCUUUCAUAUUUCAACCCAGUGAAACUGCUGUUAUGAUGCCUGCUGCAUCAUCCUCAGUGCGCAAACCAAGAUAUGUCAGGAGAGAACGGCCUUCAGCAGCUGCAGCAGUGGGCAGCAGUACCACCAUGUCGGUGGGACCUGUAACAAAGGUGUAUAAUGUAACCGUCCAGUAGUGAUGAAGAGGUGACGCCAUGUUUUUUGUUUUUAUUUGACUUUAGUGGGAUAAAAGUGUUUUUUUUUUUUUUGUUUGUUUUUGGUACAUUCUUUGUAUAGAUGCUUAUGUUUACUUGUUUGCACAAAAAAAUCUGCUCCAUUCAUUAUUAGGAUAUUUUAUUUUUAAUAUCACAUUUCUAGUUUUUUUUACAUUUUUUUUUAAUGCUUUACUUAAGUAUUACCUUCGGCUUUGAGUUUAAAAUAAUUUUUAUAAAGAGACACUAAUAUUUGCACAUUAGCUGUUUUCCCCAUUUCUGGACCAAAUAGCAGCCAUUAUCUUUUUUAUAGUGUCUGACCAGCUCCUUUUAGAAUUAUCUUAUAGAUUAUAUGUACUGUUAGGAAAACAAAAAUUGAGUCAUUAAAUGGCUCAAAUUUACAGAUGAAUGUCAGCCCAAAGAUGCUGCCUUAAGUAUUCAGAACACUUACCAAACUGUCAAUAUUAUAGCCUUGGAUGAAGGACAUGAUGCAUGCCUUAUAUAUAAUUCUCACAGGCUGAUUUGGAGCUCAUUAAAAGCACCAACCAACAUCUUAAGGGUGCUUUUAAUGACCACUCCUACUUCCCCUAUGUUCCCUUCUGUGAAAGCACUAGAUUUUAGCCAAAUAAUGACCUUCAAAAAAAGAACAAAAGGUUUCAUGCUGAUUGCACUAUUAUAGAAAUGACUUUUACUUUGCAUGUUGGAUCCAAAAGAACCGCCAAAUCUAGUAUUUAUCAUGUUAAUUUGCCACAGAAACCGAUUUUGAAUGUGUUUUGGGGCGCUGUUUAUUAAUUGUACCAUUGAAGUGCCAAAAAGAGGCAGCAUACAACGUGUUGUCAUGGUUAAGGCCUUAAAACUGUUUAAUUUUGGAGAUAUCUAAUAGUGGUGUUACGAAUAUUUGUACAAUAGAUCACAUAAUUUAAGCCGUCUGUAUUUGCCUAUUUUUUUUUUUUUUUUGGCAGUGGGUUUUGAUGUCUAUUUACCUUCAUGUGGUCGAUGGGAAAAAUUUAGUUGUUAGUUAGCUGGUUGAAUAGUAGCAAAAAUAAAUUACAUCUUUUGGGAAUUUUAGUAGCUGUUGUGAGUAUUAACACUGAUUGUAAAGAUGUUUCUAAUACUCAUUUAUUAGCUGUUGUGCAGCGACUGGGAACUAUGUAUAUAUAUAUAUAUGUUGUUUAUAUACUGGGGGUAUAGAUCUAUGAUGCUGUAUUCUUUGUAUGGUGGUGCUCUACUUGUAAUAAAUGUUAAA